AGCUGUAAGCUGUGAGUCAAGAUGUACCUGGCGGGCGUUUUGCUUUUGUGGGCGUGCGGCGCCGCCCACGCCCUCGACAACGAAACCUACUGGGGGGAGCGAGAGCGGAUAUUGGCUCAAGAGCAGGUUACUAUUUUGGGCCAAGACCAGGUACUGACAGCAGAAGAACAGGUCGUCAACGGUCUGUUAAUGAAGGCUAAGAUGUUAGAAAUGGACACGGGCUUUGAAAGUUUGAAUUAUCUUCCCGCCAAAAACUUCCUGGCCGUUCGAGAGCAGAUCGAAGCUUCGGAUGUGUUUCAGAUGGUGAGAAUGAUGCCUAAAGGGGUGGCUUUGCACUUGCACGAUACGACUUUGGCUUCUGUUGCUUGGGUUGUUGAAGAACUGACUUACUGGGAAAAUUUAUACAUGUGUUACACCAGCGAGGGCCAACUGCUGACCAAAUUCAUGGCAACCCCCGACGCAUCUUGCAACUGGCAGCUCGUGAGUGAAGUUCGCGCCACGUACCCGAGCGACGAUGAGUUUGACCAGGAACUCGUCGAGAAGUUCUCCCUCAUAACGGCAAAUCCCGAAGAAAAAUACCCAGACAUCAACAGCGUGUGGCAAGCCUUCGAGCAUGGACUCAUCGCUAUGACGGACAUGGUGAUGUACCGGCCUGCCUGGGAAGCGUACCUGUACCGUGUCCUGCAGGAAUUCGCCGCCGAUAACGUGCUUGCAAUUGAAUUCAGGGGCACAUUGCCGCCGCUGUACGAGCUCGACGGCACAGAGCUGACGCCCGCAGAUUCGGUCGCCGUGUACCGUAACGUGAGUCAGCGCUUCAUUGCUGACCAUGGCGACGAAUUCUUCAGUGUGAGGUUCAUCUAUGCGCCGACGAGACACGUGGACGUGGCGACGGUCUGGAACUACGUCACCAUCGCCAAGGAACUGAGGUCAAAGUUCCCCGACUUCGUGGCCGGCUUUGACCUCGUGGGCCAAGAGGAUCUGGGACUUCCCCUCAAGGACUUCCUCGAACCCCUCCUGUCGCUGUCGGAAGGGGAGGUCCACGUCCCUGUGUUUUAUCAUGCUGGAGAGACUGCGUGGAUGGGCAUGUCCACCGACGAGAACCUCAUCGACGCCCUCAUGCUCAACGCCUCGAGAAUCGGCCACGGGUACGCCAUCAGCAAGCACCCGCAGGCGAAGCAGAUGGCGCGGGAGAAGGAUGUGGCGAUUGAAGUGUGUCCUGUGUCUAACCAGGUGCUGAUGCUGGUGCCAGACCUCCGGAACCACCCGGUGGCGUCGCUGGUGGCAGAGGGCUUCCCUAUGGUGGUGUCAUCGGACGACCCGGCCACGUGGGGCGCACAGGGCCUCUCCCACGACUUCUACGAGGCAUUCAUGGCUCUCGGGGGCGCCAAGGCCGACCUCAGAUUCCUCAAGCAACUGGCCGUCAACUCCAUCAAAUACAGCAGCCUGGACGAAGAUCACAAAGCAAACCUCAUGCUCAUGUGGCAAACGAAAUGGGACCAGUUUAUAAGCACCGUGAACCGCCUGUACCACACAAACAGCAAGAAAUUCUACCCUAACCAUGCUGUUUACACGUUGGCUUAAAGCUCUGGUAAAACCGGGUUGUGUAAACGAGGACGGUUAUUGGGAAAGGAUAUAAAUUUUUCAUCAGUAAUUUGGAUUCUGUCAUGAAAUAUUUAUUAAAGGGAAGGGGAGAAAGGAGAGGGAGAGAGAGGGAGAGAGAGAGAGAGAGAGAGAGAGAGAGAGAGAGAGAGAGAGAGAGAGAGAGAGAGAGAGAGAGAGAGAGAGAGAGAGAGAGAGAGAGAGAGGUUGGUAUAGAUUUUUAUCUUUGAUGUAAAGACACUGGAAAUAAAUAGUACAUAUUCACA